AUGCUAAGUCCAGACAAACACCUGGAUCUUGAAUACGAUCGACCUCUAGGGAAAACAACAAAGGGCAUACUCAAAAAGUGCAAAGCUCUUAACACUGCUAACAAGGGAUAUCUUCUUCUGAGAAUAUAUCUUUUCCAUUCGAACUGCUCAUGGGUUACCGUUCUCAUUCAUGAACUAAACAAUGUUCCAAUAAACCAAGCUAUGAGGAAGUCAAAACGUGAUCAGUAUGUAUUUCUGCCGAUAACAGUCGAUGGUUUCUACCUGGCACUUCUGGGCGUCUCCACAGCCGUCUGCUCCUUAGCCAUGGACUUUGCUAUCGAGCAAUUACAACAAUAUGUAGGGCACAUUUUAACGUACAACUGGGCUGAUGUGAUCGAAUCGGGCCAUAAUCAUCAUGCUUACACAUUUAUCGUCUGGAGUGGUUACGCUGUUAUUCUGGUCACGUCGUCGGCCAUUUUUGCUCACUAUUUUUCUCCACAAGCCAUAGGUUCGGGAAUCCCAGAAAUGAAGACAAUUUUACGAGGAUUUAUGCUCAAAGAAUAUUUGUCAUUCCGCACACUCAUUUCCAAAAUGAUCGGUUUAACUUUAUCACUUGGAAGUGGACUUCCGCUAGGUAAAGAGGGACCUUUCGUCCAUGUUGCAUCGGCGUUGGCCAGCCAAGUAUCACGAUUUUUGACUGGCGUGCAGGGCGCCUACGAGAACGAGUCAAUGUCUCAUGAACUGCUCGCUGCUGGUUGUGCUGUCGGUGUCGCCUGCACUUUUAGCUCUCCCAUUGGAGGUGUGCUGUUCUCAAUAGAAGUAACAUCGGCUUAUUUUGCUGUAAGGAAUUAUUGGAGAGGAUUUUUUGCUGCUAUAUGUGCUGCAACGACUUUCCGAAUAGUACGGCUUGUUGUAAAAGCCUCAGAAAUUACGGUAUCAGCUUACUACCAAACUCGUUUUCCUGAGGAUGCCUUCCUUCCAGAAGAGAUUCCGGUCUUCGGAUUGAUUGGGUUGACCAGUGGUCUGGCAGGAGCACUCUUUAUCAAAUGCCAUCGAGCACUCGUUAUUUGGCUGCACAACUCAUCCAUUGGACGGGCUCUGACCCAACGAAACUGGUUAUUGUAUCCGGUCAUUGUAUCUUUCAUAGUCUCAGCAAUCACAUAUCCCAAAGGAGCUGGUCAGUUUCUUUCAGGAAAGUUCGUACUAUCGAUAGUAUCGUCGACACUUCCAAUACCUGCCGGUAUAUUCAUGCCUGUAUUCGUAAUAGGAGCUUCAUUUGGUCGUCUUAUGGGUGAAUCAAUGGCCGUACUAUUUCCCGAAGGAAUACGAUCAAAUUAUUCCGCCGAAAUCCAUCCUGGGGUGUACGCAGUUGUAGGUGCUGCUGCAUUUUGUGGAUCGGUUACACAUACGAUUUCGGUGGCAGUGAUCGUAUUUGAACUCACCGGUCAGCUGAUGCAUAUCCUUCCCGUUAUGAUAGCAGUUGUUGUGGGAAAUGUUGUCUGUUCAUACUUCCAACCAUCAAUUUAUGACAGUAUUAUCAUGACCAAAGCGCUACCAUAUAUUCCAGAUGUAUCUCACUGUUCUCAUGAUUUCCAUUCGGUCGUUGCUGAAAAUAUAAUGGUAUCUGAUGUGAAAUUUAUUUGGAAAGAUAUGACUUAUUGUGAAUUGAAGGAGGUCGUUGAUGGAAAUAGCGAAAUACGAGCAUUCCCCACUCGAAUUCUUCUUGGAUCCGUCGCUAGGAAGACCCUAUGCUUAUUGAUCGAGAGUAAGAUAGGAGAACGAGCUCGUCAUUUAGAAGCAGUUCGUCGUGCUCGAGUUCUUUCGCAAGAUUCUCGAGAGGAGUCAAGUCACUCCAUGGAAUUCCAUCACGGUGAAAAGGAUAUGAGAAAGGAGCUUUUAUCAAGAAGAGACAGUGAUCGAACGGCUGCUAAAACCGAUAGGGAAGGAUUACCAGCAAUGUCGUCACCUCAUCCCAUUCAGAGGAACGCCUCUCACAGGGAUUCGUUGAGCGAACAUCUUGAGAACAUUGAAUCUGUACUCGAACUUUCUGAGGGAAGUCGGUGUUUUGGAGUCAAUAUAAAUCCACUUACAUUUCGAUUUUAUACACGUGCUACUUGGGAAGCCGAGCAAUUGUCAUGUUCGCUGGAUCUGCAAGCGAUUCAUAUCGAUUCGGCACCGUUCCAGCUAGUCGAGAACACUUCAAUUUUCAAGAUUCAUUCGGUGUUCUCAUUGCUGGGUCUCCGGCGAGCAUAUGUGACAAAGCUCGGUCGUCUAGUCGGAGUGGUGUCUUUGAGGGAGGUACGUCUGCUUUUCGAGGAAACUCUAUAA